AUGGACGCCUCCGGAUCCCCCCGCGGGGCGUCGGACGACCUCGACCGCAGCGACCCCGAUCUGGCCGACCGCAGCGCGGCACGCAAGUCCUUACACGCUGCAGGUCUGCCGGAUGAUCUCCCUAAGUCCUUGGACGACCGUCGUUCUAUCCCUCUCAUCCAGCCCGAAACGGAGAUGUAUGAUGCCUGGCAAGGCCAAUCCCAAUUCCUCACCACACCAGUGGCCGCAAAACCAUUGAGCUUCAGUCUAGCCCUCGACGACCACACCCAUGACGAAGAACAUAAUCUACAGGCCCAGUACGGGCGCGGACUGGCCGCAUCGACCGACGACGAUAACGAAUCCACAACCACUGCCCGGCUGGAAGACAGUGAUGCCCGGUUGAUGGAGAUGCUUGCUGCGCAGGCUGCUCACCGGGAAGUCGAGUCGCUAGGUGCAGACGAGGAAGCCAUCGCAACGGAUGAGAAGCUAUCGGACGCAGAGAAGAAAGAUAUCCUACAGCGCAGCUUGAAUAUGGCGGCUAGUAAUGGCGACGUGGAACGUGUUCGGAGAUUAGUGCAAGGCCAUGCAGCUGAAUAUGUCGAUGUGAAUAAGCCGGAUGAAGAGGGGACGGUGCCGCUGAUCUAUGCUAGUUGCUUCGGACACCAAGACGUUGUCUCAGCGCUUCUCGAUGCAGGCUCCCAUAUCGAUCAGCAGGACCGGAAUCAGUGGAGUGCCUUGAUGUGGGCCAUGACAAACAGACACAAGACAAUCGCGAAGAUCCUUCUCGACCACGGUGCGUCUCCGGAUAUCAAGUCCUCGUCGGGCGGGACGGCGUUCGACUUUGCACAGCCUGGCAGCGAGAUUUCAGAGUAUCUGCAUGAAAACGGUUACCACUUUGGGCCGAGUGCGAUCGAAGACGAUUUCUAUGAUUCUGGGUUUGGACACGGUCGCUUCGAGGAGGAGAUUGCUGAGAAUGAAUUGAAGCGGCGCAUGAUGAUGGAAGAGAGUGCUAUCAACCUUGAGGUGGACCUAUCGAGCCUGGGGCUCGACGAAAAGUUUGACUCGUUGGAUGAAGAGGAGCUUGAAGAAGAACAGCAAGAAUUCGUGUGGGAUCGGUGUCUGAACGACCAGAUGUUCGUCUUCCAGGAGAGCGAGCUCGAACGAAUCCUCAACAUCAUCAUCACCAACAUGACACCGCAACGCUCUCCCUCGCAGAAACCCGUCCCCGCGAACCUCCUCUUUCUCAGUGCUCGAUAUGCGCACUACCAUGCUAGUCCCGAAUUGCUUGCUAAGCUGCUCGUUUCCGCGACCGAGAAGAUCAACGAUGUCGUUGAGCGCCAUCAGUGGGACAUGACGAUCCUGGCUUUCUGGAUGUCAAAUGCGACGUUGUUGCUACAUUACUUGAAGAAGGAUGGCGGGCUGGUGGAAUCUACGGUGGAAUUCCAGCUACACCUGGCCGAGCUGAUCAAUGAAAUCUUCAUUCUCAUCAUCCGCGACGCCGAGCGUCGCAUGAACAAAGUGCUCGACGCCGCCAUGCUAGACCAUGAGACCAUCCCGGGGCUAGAGGACGUCCAUUUCCAAAAUGAGUGGAAGCUCUUCCGCUCCAAAUCCAAGAAAACGCCCGAACCGGCGGAGAAGCGCUUCCGACCUCCAUCCCCCAGACGGCGCGCACAAGUGUCUCCGCGCAACAUUACUUCUCUCCUCUCCUCUACGCUCUUUGUCCUGGAUCUCUACGAUGUACACUCCGUCAUCACUACACAGAUUAUCUCCCAGCUCCUGUACUGGCUUGGAGCUGAAACCUUUAACCGCAUCAUGUCGACCAAGCGCUACCUGGCCCGGACCAAGGCGAUGCAGAUUCGCAUGAAUGUGUCGACCCUGGAGGAUUGGGCGCGAAACAAUAACCGCCAACCGGAACAUUAUGAGAACGGAUCGACGAGUAGCACGGGCGAGAGCACGAUGGAAUCCGCCCGCCGGCAUUUGGCGCCAGUCAUCCAACUCCUACAGUGGCUUCAAUGUUUCUCAUCGCUUGGGGACGAUUUUGAGUCACUUGUUACGACUCUGCUCCAGCUGCAGCAACUCACCCCGGCGCAACUCUUGCAUGCGGUCAAGUCGUAUCGGCCCGAGGUCGGGGAAAAGGGACUGACCAAGCCGGCCAUGAAAUUCUUGAUUGAGCUACAGCGCGAUCCGGGGCUGUUGUUCCGAGAGCAAGCGAAGCUUCAGGCACCCAAGCAAAACACCACGGCACCCGAGGCAGGAUCUACCGAUGGACGCCCACAGACCCCUCCGGCCUCAACCGCUUCAGAGACGGCCGGAUCCCCAUCCACGCGAGCGUCCGUGGCGUCGCCUGGCUCGAGCGUAGCAUCUCCGCACCCAGGUCCGUCGGCGUGGAUGGAUGAGCGCAGUAACAACGUAUUCCUGGACCCGUCCCUCACACUUCCUUUCUCGCUGCCCACGAGCACAGAUAUGCUGAUUAGUUACGGAGCGGGCUGGGGCGGCACGAACCGAGAACGCGCGCGCAAGUAUAUACCGACGGUACCUCCGGAGGUGCUGAGUCGGUUCGACCGGGACAGCUGA